CAGGUCCCAGGUAUCUCUGCUAGAUGCGAGGGUCGAGAUUUGGGUGAAAUUACAUCAUCACCAUUCGAAGUUGUAUUAGACUCAUCGAAUAGUUUCAGUGCUGGAGGCGGCCUGAAGACUCAUGGUCAGAUCCUAUCAGACUAUGGUCAGAUGGUCCAAGGCCUCCUCGACGACGAGACACUGGCCCUGUUCACAUCGUGCACGAUUACUGACCCUCGUAUGACCAAGAAGGGAUCCAAAAGCUCCAUACUGCUGGACUCUACUUUAGAGAUCACCGUGUAUGGACCUUUGGACCUUUUUGAAGAGAUCGGUAGUUGGUUUGAGGAGUAUGGGGUGUACCUCCAGGAUCCGCGAAAGUGUCACCUUGAUGUCAGAUACUGCAAUCCCCAAAGGCUCUCUUCGGAUGAUAUCGGCUCCUGCCCUUCGGUUCUUGAAGCUGUUGCUCAAACAUCCAGAUCUAUCAGUCUCCAGGAAAUUCCUGAAAGGCCUGAACUGUUGGAUGUUUUGAGCAGUUACAUUGACAUACCGGAGACACCACAGCCCUCAGUAAUACUCGGAAAUCUCAAGAGACACCAGAAGCAAGCCCUCACAUUCAUGCUCCGCAGGGAACGAGGAUGGAAUUUCAGCAACCAACACCCGGACAUCUGGGAAAUAGUAGACACUGAACAGGGAAGAAUUUUCUUUAAUCGAGUAUCCGGCGCUCACCAGCUCGAAGAACCCCAACAAUUUUGCGGCGGCAUCGUCGCAGACCCAAUGGGUCUAGGGAAGACGUUGACUAUGAUAGCCCUGGCAGCAACCGAUCUUGAUGGCGAUGACGCUCAGGUUCACUUGGGUGUUGGUGGAGAUAACAAGCGACAUACCCCGGCUACUCUCAUAGUCGUACCCCCGCCCCUGUUAGGUACAUGGGAAGAGCAACUGUCGGAACAUGUUAUUGAGGGUGGCUUGAAAUGCCGUCGACACCAUGACAAAGCUCGAUUGACUGCUACUGGCGAGCUUGACGGAGUCAAUAUUGUGUUGACCACAUAUCACACUAUCUCUGCCGAAUGGAACGCCGGAAGAGGUGUUGAAAAUUCUAUAAUUUUCUCAACUUCACACUUCAUCCGAAAUGGGAACUCAAGGAUGGCCCAUGCAAUAUGCGCACUUGAUUCGGUGUCCCGAUGGGCUGUAACUGGCACUCCAAUCCAGAAUCGGCUAGGCGAUCUUGCAUCCCUCUUUAAGUUCAUCCGAGCCCAUCCAUACACCGAUCCAAAGUGCUUUGAGGCCGAUAUAUCCCGCCUCUGGAAGCUGGGAGAAGAUGAAGAAGCCGUCAAUAGGCUGAAGCGUCUAUCAGCCUGUCUUCUACUACGGCGGGCUAAAGAUACUAUCAAGCUGCCUGCUCGUCGAGAUAUGCAAUGUCCUGUUGACUUCAAUCGUGAAGAAAGGACAUUAUAUGACAAGGUACGACAGAAAGCUGUCAUUAGUAUCAACGAAGCCCUCCAGGGGGACUCUGAACAGGCCAGGGCUGGAGUUUAUGUGAAUGUCUUACAACAGAUUGAAUCUUUGCGAUUAAUUUGCAACUUGGGCGUUCACUAUCACACAAGGCAGAGGAACCUUUCGCAGCCCUCUCAAGAGACGGAUGACUGGAGUAACAUCGCGCAGCAAACGUUCAAUGUCCAGCGGGAAAUGGCUCCAGUGGUAUGUCUCCGCUGUUCAUCAGUCCCUGAUCUCACCGAGACCCUUCUGGAUGAUCCCGUGGCGAGGCAACAAGGGCCCCAAUUCACCCGUUGCCUAAAAUUUGUCUGCGGCGACUGUACGCAGAAGAGUUCCAAACACAAAAGCAGUGUGGCAUGUGGUCACAAGCCGCCUUGCCCCGUGGCCUCAGUCUCCACUAGCAGCAGUGUUCUUGAAUCGAGUCCAUGCCUGAUUCUUCCGCAGACGAGGACGACAUCCAUCACCCUCUCAUCGAAAAUAGAGGCCCUCGUUGCAGACAUAAAGACCCUACCCCCGGGAGCUAAAUGCCUCACUUUGACAGUAGCGACACGCGCCUACCUGAUGGAGCCUCAUUGGAAUCCAACCCUUGAAGAGCAGGCCCUUGCGCGAAUCUACCGGAUCGGGCAAACAAAGGAGGUGACAACGGUGCGAUUCUACGUGCGAGACUCGUUCGAGCAGCAAGUCAUGGAGAUCCAGGAGUCGAAGAAACAUCUCGCUGGCGUCUUGCUUUCGGCUCAUGAUGGGGGACAUACAGAUGAAAGUCUCGGAGGUUUGCAUGUACGUGGUCAUUGA